AUGGGCAGGGGGAAGAAGCAAAAGAAUGUCGGCUCCUGUGGUAUGUACCUCUUCCUGGACGACGGCGAGGAGAACUACUACCUCCUUGUGCAUCGGAGGAGCAAGCAGGUUUCCGAGUCGAACAUGAUAUCAGCGCCCGGUGGCAUUGUCGAGAAGCGGAGGUGCGGCGACGAUGGCUCCGACAUCUUCCGUGGCGCCCGAGUCACAGCACUUGAGGAGCUUCGAGAGGAAACGGGAUUUGUAAUUAGGGAGGAGGAGGAGAAAGACCUCUUUGAGCUUCCAGUGUCACCAGAAUAUGCCUGGUGGGGGGAAGGCACCCACUUCAACUUUGGGUUCGUUUGCUACCAUUGGCCAGAUAUACCUGGACCCGAGAGGGACUCCCUCCACGAGGUGAUCUGGGGCGGCAUGGAUAAGAUUGGCACGGCAGCCGGAGAUGGGUAUCAUUCCUGGGUGAACGUUCGCUCGCUGCUAGAAAACGAAGAUCUCAUGCCAGCGUGCCGCAAACCCUGCGAGUACUUCCUGGAGAUCGCACCCGCGCUGGCCGAAAGAGUGUUCACCAAUACGACUGCGCGCAAGCCCGCGAUGCCCACGACCCAGGACCGUCUACACAGCAGCCCAAGGACCACAGCUUCGCAUUCUGGGAUCUGGGCCCGGCGAGCCCGGGCGCCUCCGCAGUACGGGGUGCCCUCGGCGCCGAGGGUGCAGCCCUCGAGCAGUGUCAGUGGAGUCACGCCGAGGUCAGGGCACAAGGAGGACGAGGAGAGUUGCCGGCCGCUCAAACGACCCAAAGGCUCCGUCGGUCGAGCAUGGAAAGCGGCAGAAGCUGGAGCAGAGACGUGA